AUGAGAUCAUGACCUGAGCAAAAGUCGGACGCUUAUCCGACUGAGCCACCCAGGUGCCCUGAGCUGAAAUUUUUAAAACAGCGUUUAAACUUAGGAUGUCCCAGGAAAAAAGAGAAGAGAGGUAUUCCAGGGAGAGGGCAAAGCAUAAGCCCAAGCAAGAAGACAAAGACCAUAGGUAUUGUAGGGAGUUGGAACAAGAAGACAGUAAUAUAAAGCUCAAGGUAAGUAGUGGAAGAAGAUGCAAAAUGUCCAAUCAAAGAGCACUAAAUCUGCCAGAUUCAACAGGAUGAACUUACCUUGUAAGUGACAAGGAGCCAAGGGACGUGGCUAUACUUGUAUUUUAGAGAGAUCCCUCUCAUGGGUGACUGGAGGGAAGGCACUGGGGAGUAAGCAGACUGGGGUAGGGAAUACAAACUUAAUAGGAAUCAUAAACAAGAAAUAUUUAGGUGUUAAGAAAAUCAUCAGGCUUUGGUGAUUGGGUAUGAGCAGAUGAGAUCAAGCUAUAAUUUAAUGGUUUAUAGCUUCAUUGACUAAUAGACAGUAGUACCUAAAAAAAGGGCUUAAGUCAGAGAGAACUUUGAGGGAGGUUGUUUUGUUUUAUUUUUGUGUGAUAAUUAAAAUAAGCAUGAUUGAUAAUGAGCCUGCUGCCCUAAGAAAAAGAGAAAGAAAUCGGUAAAAUGAGUAAAUGUUCAAAGUGGAUAGAACAGAGGAGACUCUGGCCCCCUUUCUCCUGAGAUGACUGCAUUAAUAGAGAGUGCUAUGUAAGAAUAACAAAUCCCAGCAACAAUUUGUUAAAUGACGAAGGAAUCCAGAAAUUGGUGUCAAACAGGGUGCUUGGAAACCAGAUUUAAGAGGAAGGGGUAACGUAAAGAAAGAUUAAAGUCACAAGAGCCUCAAUUCAAGGUUGGGAAUGUGUGAGGAUAACAGAGUAGACCAGGCCCCGCCAAUCGACCCCCUAGAACUGGGUCCAGGUAGAAUGGUCAAUCACACAGGUCCAAAGGAGACGGCAUCACCUUUCAAUCUCUCUCCUCACUUGACAGCUAUCUUGGCCUUGGCUGAUCAAGACUCCUAGGUGAUCUGCCUACUUGCAAAGCCCUCCCCCUCUCCCCUCUGCUAACUGAAAGUGGCAAGUGUUCUGGUCUAUUUUACUCUCAACUAUUUUUUGAUUUUCCAACAAGUUUCAUGGAGUUCAGUUGAAGCCAUGUGAAGUAUAAUUUGAAAAUCCUUCCCAAUAAACACAGAAGCUAUUCUUACAACAGCUUCCCAGGAAGAGGUCACAGCUAGGCAUGGGAAAGAUCUAGCCUCCUGCUGACUGGAGCUCUCGCUUGCUCUGUUGCUCUCGCCUUUCUCUCUGUACCCAGUUUCAUACCACGCCUUGCUAAUUUGCAACCCUAAGCAUAAAGUGCUUACACUUACACAAGCACAUAGUAGAGCUGGGUUCCAAAGAGGACUGGGCAUCUGUAGUACUUGACAUUCAGGCCUUUGGCAAGAUGUCAGCAUUUCAUAGAGUACUUUAAAUGUUUUGGUCUGAGAGCUAAUAUAGCAUUUCCUCACUGGUCAACACGAGCAGCCCAAGCAGAAAGCUAAAUCUAUUUCCCUCAACAUCAGAUGUUAUACUCCAUUGUUGAUCCAGUCUUGCCUACGGAGACGACAGGAGGCUGGAAAAAUUGGAUCAUUAGGGAAGGAACACCUUGGCCGCUUCAAGAUGACAAGCACACACUGGACUACACCGCUUCAUUGACAGGAAGCCUCCUAUUCUACCAGCGCCCCCACCACGCCGAAAAGAAUUUUAAGUCUUCCCUUUCUAAAAGGAAAGUAGAGAAGAAGGGAAGGAGGGAACGAGGAAGGCGUGUCUGAUGCAGAGCUAACACUUAAUUUCAAGAACACAACAGGCCUCCCCUGCAGAAGUUACAGAAUGAUAAAUUCCACCACCACACAACCUCCAAACGAGGCCUGCUCCCGGAACACCCUCAUAACUCAGAGUAUCAUUCCCGUGCUAUACUUGGCGGUCUUUGUCGCGGGGAUCCUGCUCAAUGGUGUCUCUGCAUGGAUAUUCUUUUACGUGUCCAGCUCCAAGAGUCUCAUCGUCUAUCUCAAGAACAUUGUUGUGGCUGACUUUCUGAUGAGCCUGACUUUUCCCUUCAAGAUUCUUGGGGAUUCGGGCCUGGGACCCUGGCAGAUAAACGUGUUCGUGUGCAGGGUCUCAGCUGUACUGUUCUACGUCAACAUGUAUGUCAGCAUCGUGUUCUUUGGGCUCAUCAGCUUUGACAGGUAUUAUAAAAUUGUAAAGCCUCUUUUGACUUCUUUCAUCCAUUCAGUAAAUUACAGCAAACUUCUGUCAGUCACAGUGUGGGUGCUCAUGCUCCUUCUGGCUGUCCCCAACAUUAUCCUGACCAACCAGAAAGCGAGGUACGGGAAGGCUACGCGUAUAAAAUGUGUAGAGCUUAAAAACGAACUGGGACUUAAGUGGCACAAGGCAUCAAACUACAUCUUUGUGGGCAUCUUCUGGAUUGUGUUUCUUUUGUUGGUCAUUUUCUACACUGCUAUCACGAGGAAAAUCUUUAAGUCCCACCUGAAAUCCAGAAGGAAUUCCAUUUCGGUCAAGAAGAAAUCUAGCCGCAAUAUAUUCAGCAUCAUGUUCGUAUUUUUCGUCUGUUUUGUGCCUUACCACAUUGCCAGAAUCCCCUACACGCAGAGCCAGACAGAAGCUCAUUACAGCUGCCAGUCAAAAGAAAUUUUGCUCUACGUAAAAGAAUUCACUCUAGUACUGUCAGCUGCAAAUGUAUGCCUAGACCCCAUUAUUUAUUUCUUUCUGUGCCAGCCGUUUAGAGAAAUCUUAUGUAAGAAACUGCACAUCCCAUUAAAAGCUCAGUCUGACUCAGAAACUUCUAAAACCAAAAGAGGAAAUACAAUGCAUGAAAGCACAGACACUCUGUGAAUUCCCACCUCCUUUCAAAAAGAAUCCAUGUACACAUUUUGCAAUCUUCAGUUACAUACGAAUACAAAAGAAACAUGUCCAUGCAACUAAGUAUCAUCUCUAUGCAUUACUAUUCAAUUUAGUAUAAUAAUAAAAACAAAAUAUAAGUUCCCCUGCUUUUGUAACAGCAAAGAAAAAAGUAAUACAUGCAUUGUUCAAUUUUAUUCCAUCAAAACACAAGUUUUCAAUGUAUAAUCACUCGUCUCGUCAGUUGAUGUAGAAGUUUAAAUAGCAUAAAGAAAAUAGGAAGCAAUCAAGACAAUUCACUGGGGCGUGUUCCUUCUCUAAAUACAAGAAUUUAACUUAUGUGUUUUUUUUUCACCAGGGUUACUAAAGACCAACCUAAAAGCAGGCAGAGUUUGAUAAAGAACUGGAGACCUGUUUGGAGUGAAAAAGUCAAAUUCUCUCUGAUUUCACUUAGGAAAUUCCCUACUGAUUUAUCUCCUAGCAUUUCAAAGGGAAGUUGAUAUAAAUUCUGUUCUUUGCAGUAAAAACAAAAUGUAACACUUUGAUAACAUUUCGAAGAUGAUAAUAAGAUACAUUCUGAAUGUUUUGUAUCAAGACUUAUUAAGCUACGUCUUGAGCAUGCAUUUCUGGUGUUAUAAUAUUUUUAAGUGGACUCUAUUGAAGGAAACUGGCUAUUGGUAUAUGUUGCCAGCAACCUUCCCUAUGGAAUGCUAUGGAGGAAAAAAAAAAUGAUGCCCAGGACAAACACACAAACACACACACACACAGCAUGCACAUACACACAUACAUCGAGGGACAGGGGAAACAGUUUUCUUUGAAAGCAACCGGACUUGAAAAAAAGGAAAAUCUAAAAUUUGUAAUUUUGAGUGAGAAAUUACACAUAAAAUGAAAAUUUGUGACAUUUUCUGAAAAGGAGAUGGAUUUAAAGUAUGUAGAUAAGGGAUAUGGUUGCUGGCUUGUGAGUUACCAAAACUAAAUUCUUCCUCUGCUCUUAACUGCCUAGAAGACAUCCAGGCCAUCUUCCAAAUGUUAUUCUCAAACAUUUUUGUAAGCCAUGUAUAUAUACUUUUUUGCUUUACUGUAUAUGUAUUAAUAAAAAUAUUUUCAAUAAUA